CGCGGUAUCAGAGAUCAGAUCGUGCUAAAAGUUCUAAAGAGCUAGUUGAUCGCUAAACCGUUCAAAACUUACAAUUAUUAUCAAAAGUGCUUUUUUUUGUUGUUUAAUCAUUUUAAUUAAAUAACGAUAACUUCGAUGAUACUUGGAAAAAAUCCAAUAAGGUGAUUAAAAAGACGAUAACAAUUAAAACUGAAUUAUCAAGUGAGAGAAAAAGCGAGCGCGGUAUCUCGUGUAUAUUUAAAUUGUAUGAACGUAAACAAUAUCCGUUAAUAGUAAUAAUAAAUACAUGUUAUUUGAUACCAAAAAUAAACAGUUAAACGAGUUGAACAGAGAAUAAAAACGAUUACUGCCAACGGUCGGUCAGUAAAAUAGUGUGGUUUUUUUUAGUGGCGUUCAUGCGCCAUUCGUGUAAUCAUCAGCGCUGUUGGUUGUCGCGCCGAUAGCUUGUAUUACAUUGGCCAUUUGGAGUAGUCGGGGCUCUCCCUGAAGACUUAAGAGCCAGAAAGACUGAGAGACAUCGUGUGUACUGGUGUGCUCGGACAACUGUUCUCGUGGUUGCUACUAUUCUGUCACCCUCAACGCCGUUACUCGCUACCACCAGCCGUCUCGACUCUUGUCUAUGUGUUCGGACAGGUGACAGUGCGAGAACGCGUUUCAGAGGGGACGAUCGAGAGCGGGUAUCACCCGGCGUGUUUUAGAGUGAGGAAACAGAACAAGGAAAUUAAUCAGAAAAUAGGUGGAAAUUAGACAACAUGACGAAUACAUUUGCAAGUAUAGUACAUGGAUAUAGGGAUCUUAUGGACAAUAAAUCUGAUCCACGAGUCAAAGAUUGGCCGAUGAUGAGCAGUCCUCUUCCAACGAUGGUAAUAUGUGUAUUAUACGCUUACUUCAGCAAGGUCUUGGGACCGAGACUGAUGGAAAAUCGCAAACCUUUCAAUAUACGGAGGAUCCUCGUUGUCUAUAAUCUUAUUCAGACAAUUUUUUCAGCGUGGAUUUUCUAUGAGUAUUUAAUGAGCGGAUGGGCGAAGGGUUACAGCUUUAGAUGUCAACCAGUUGACUAUUCACAAAGUCCUCUAGCCUUAAGAAUGGCUCAAACAUGUUGGUGGUAUUAUUUUAGCAAGUUUACAGAAUUUUUUGAUACGUUAUUUUUCAUUCUAAGAAAAAAAUACCAACAAGUGUCAACGCUACACGUUAUCCAUCACGGGGUGAUGCCUUUUUCAGUGUGGAUGGGCUUGAAAUUUGCGCCGGGUGGUCACAGCACUUUCUUUGCACUUUUAAAUACUUUUGUCCAUAUCGUCAUGUAUUUCUAUUAUAUGAUAGCAGCCAUGGGCCCCGAGUAUCAAAAGUAUAUAUGGUGGAAAAAAUAUUUAACAACUUUCCAGAUGUUCCAAUUCAUUCUAAUCAUGACCCAUCAAUUCCAACUACUGUUCAUCGAAUGCAACUACCCACGUAGCUUCAUGAUCUGGAUUGGACUUCAUGGUGUAUUAUUCCUUGGACUCUUUUCGGAUUUCUACAAAACGAAAUAUUCGUCAAAGGAUGUGAAAGCAAAAUCUCGUGAAAAUACUGGGGCAUGUAUGCCAGUUUUGGAUGAUAAUGAGUCUAAACUACGACAAAAUGGAAUUUCUACGUACGCGACGAUCUACAAUAAGGAAUAUAAUAGCUGCUACAGCAACGGCACCAAUAACGGUUACGUCGCUAAUAAUAAUGCAGAGAAAAAGCUCGCUUAAAAGAGUGACUAAUCAUCUAGAAGAUAUUGAAACAAAACAUAUUCUGUUUAUUGUAAAAAAAUGAGAGUCUAUUUCAUCUCGAUUCUAUACUGUGUGCUCGCGAUAAAGUCGCCAAAGUGAAUGCCCAUGCAAAUUAAUUACGGGUCUGGUGCCCUUGGUAGGCUCGAUAAAAAAGUAAAAAUGUUUCGUUUUAUGUCUCCUAAGACAAAGUGUGCGAGAAUAAAUGCGUUAUGAGGAUGAAUGAUAAUGCGUAAAUGUCCAUAUGUUGUACAGUCUGUUCACGAAAUGCGUAAGUGCAAGAAAAAAUUUUCAAAAAAAUGAGAAUAGUAUUUAUACCAUUUAGAUAAAUAUACUGGUUAUGAAUCACUAGAUAAUGAACGAAGAGGCAUAGUCUGAAUUGUCUCUGAAGUUGUUGUCGCUUACGAAUUUUCGAAGCCACACGAUGAGACUUCAAAAAAGCUGUGGUAAUCGCAUAAAAUCGUAUACAAGACAGGUAUUAUAAGUUCUAAAAAGUGAACGAUUUGUUUUGUAGUGUUAAAAACAGAAUGUAGAAAAAAUGUCAAGUUUGGCAAACUGAAAAGUAACAAUUAAACAAUUUUAUGCGAUCAACGCACAAAUAUAGAACGAUGACAAAUACACAAUUUUAGGAAAGAGUGGGAAGGUGUUAGUAAAAAAGCACCUUUGCCCAGCUUAAUGUUUUAUUAGAUAAUCUUCAUAUUAUUCCGAUUGUGUUCAAAGCUUCGAUAAUUAACUCAGGCUGUUGGACAAAGAAUAAUGUUGAAAAAAGCCGACUAUUUAAACUUUUGUGAAACAAUUUAAAUUAAUCAUAUAAAUAAUUUUCAUACUCACUGUGCGGUUAAAAAUAACCAGGGACAAAUAAAAAACGUACUAGGUAUAUAUUAAUAUUGAUAAAUUGUCGGAUGUAAAAAAUCAGACGUUCAAUCAUGAGUUUCUUUGAAAUAAUAACUUUAAAAUCUAUGUUUACUAUAUACAUAUACAUAUAUUUAUAUAUUGUCCGUGCCUCGAUUUGCGAAUAGAUUCCUGGUCUAAGAAUCUAACGUAAAAAAUACUAAACACCGGCCCAAGCUUCGCUCCGUGUUUUCCUUAUUGAAUCACUGAUUUUAUACUAAAUGAAAAAAAAAAAUUGUACAAUUAUUUCGUGAUAAUUAAGAAAACUAUUUCGACUUAGUUUUUUAAAUGUUACGAGACUGCAAUAUGGGCAGGGCUAUUAACUCGUGGCUUUAGUUAAUUAAUCUAAUUAAAUAGAUAAUAAUACCUUUUACUACUAAUUUCUUUUUUAUUUUUACCAAUUGCGUCGUAAAUGUGAAUUUGAUGAUUUGUUAAUGCACAAUUUUAUCUAUUGUUCAUCAAUCACAUCGUGUAACCAUGCGCUUUAUUCGAUUUAUAAGAAAUUCAUUGAAAUCGCUAUUAAAUUUUUCGAUAUAUCACAGUCUAAUGGCUGAUUUUUUAUAGUAAUUUGUACGUCUAAAUUUUUUAUCAGUUGACUUUUUUAAUGUUUAAUAUAUUUUGUGAUGGUCGCAUUUUUUUUAAUAUUUUAAAGUAAAAUCAUUGCUCUGUAUUCAAUAUUACAAGUUAAUGUAAGAUAGAACUUGUACGAUAAUCUGCAUUUGAAUUUAUUGCAGUUAUUUUGUGAUUAUUGAAACUUUAUAAAACUUCAUUUUUUCUGAGAAAAAGAAAAAGGAUAAGAUGGAAAAAUGUCAUUAUUCCUAUUGAAAAAAACAAAAAAAAAAAAAAACAAAUAAGUCGGUAUUCGCAGGACGACCGAUGUACCGAAGAAUGAAAUGGAAUAAUUAUAAUAAUUAUUUAGAAGAAUUUUCUAAUCAAUUUUUUAAUCAUUAAAUCUGGCGAGACUAGCGAUUUUUAUGUUUUUCUACUUGAUCGUCUUGCCUUGGAAUUGUGAGAGCAUCCUUUUUAAAAAAAAUCAAGAGGAUUAUAUCCCAAACGAAAGUAUAACAAUUUUUUUGAUUAUUUACGAUGCGAAUGAAAUCUUUGCAAGUUUACGUUCUUGAUUGUGUUAAAUUGUAAGUAAAGAAGUAAAUUGUGAACUUUUUGAUCCAUGUAUUACACAUCAAUCAAAACAGACGAUUGAUUUAUUGCGUAAACUAAUGAUUAUUGAGUUGAUAGUAAGACACGUGGCUUGUAAAUAAACAUAAUGAGCAAAAUUAGAAAAAAGAAUAAAUUAAAUUGUUGUGACGACGUAAAAAAAAACUUGCAAGGAUACAGCAUCGUCAUGUACCUAAUGUUAAAAACUUUAACAAUUACUGAUUCUCAUUAUAUUUUUGUACAUAAUUGGGAAAAAUUACACCUAAUGAAUAAAGAAAAACACAAGUAAAAUUAAAAAAAAAAAUUAUAAAAAAUACAAUAGUUCUCUAAUGACUGGAGUUUUAUGACCUCAAUGUCAUAUCAGCAGAUAGAAAUGUUGAUUCUUGACGUCAUCAAAAAGUAGCUUUCAUCAUAAAAUUUUUUGCUCAAUUAUAGUAAUGACAAAAAUGAAUGGUUAUCUGGUUGUUCUUUGGUCAUGAAAAAAUUUUUAAAAUUUAUUGAUUUAAACAUUUGCAAAUACAUAGGUAUAAUAUCAAAUUUAAUCAUGAGAUCUUUAACAUUAACAAUCAAUAGACAUUAUUCGUCGUAUUUUUUCGCUAGGUUGGAGGUCUUUGGCAAAUGACCUCUUUCGCGUAAGUAAACAUUUUAAAAAAAUGCCACGAGCUCUUUUUACAUCCUAAUUAUCAUAUGCAUCAUCCAUCACUUUCGUGUUUUUCGUUCCAAAAUCACCGAGAAUUUUAUAUAAAAAAAGAAUAAAUAAAAAUCUGAAAGAUGA